AUGGAGAAUGAUGUUCUCGUCUCUCUUGAAGACCUAGGGUGAGUUAAAAACACCGGAUUAUGUGUAACAGUGUGAAGAUAACAUGCCAAAGCUGGUUAACUGGUGGCUAGCAUCGUCUCUCUGCCUGUUUUAGCCAGCGUAUUAAAGUGCAGCCUGCUCAUGCAAAAUGGCUAACUUGCUUUUGCUGCUAACGUUAGUCUGAUGAGAGUGAUUUUUUAUACUUAUGUUUAGAUAUCAUCACCUUACAUGCGGGAUUUGAUGUCAAUAGAAUUAGAGGUUAAUUUUUAUUUGCACACGAUAAACUGUUGCCUUGAUUCAAAUCAGAAAAGCUACAACACGCCUUUUUCAUAUUAACCGCCCAUUUCAAUUUAUAGCUUUGUUUUUCUGAGUAUAUAUUUAGGUAUUGAUUCAGUAAUUAUGCGCUGAAAUAUCUAUUCGCCUCUCUCCAAUUACCAAAGGUGCCAAUCCAGUUUAUUUUGGCAUGUAUGAUCUGAUGAAAGCCAGACUUCCUUAAACAGACAAUUUUAUAAACGUGGUUUUACACUUGGCGAGUCUUACGAAACCAAACCUCAGUCCUUCUUAUCAUGGUUGUCAGGCCAUUCUGACAAGUAAGGAAAAGAGUUGUGGCUCAUGGUGAUUAUGGAGUGCUGUCUUUAUUAAAAGAACUCUCUCUCUCUCUCUCUCUCUCUCUCUCUGUGUGUGUGUGUGUGUGUGUGUGUGUGUGUGUGUGUGUGUGUGUGUGUGUGUGUCAUUGUAGGUACCAAGGCCCUCUGUUGGAGGAUGGAGCUCUGGACUCUGCUGUGAGCCAAGGAGCAGCCUCACCUGAGUUUACAAAGCUCUGCGCCUGGAUUGUCUCUGAGCUCAGACUAUACUGCAAGCUGGAGGAGAAUGUCCACGCUACCAACUGUGAGACAUCUUUGUUUAAUCUUCAGUCUGGAGGAGAGGAUUUUCUUUCUCAAAAUUGAGUGAACAAAUGUCCUAACACAGGAAUUAAUGAUAAUAAUAAUAAUGAUAAUAAUAAUAUACAUUUUAUUUAUAUUGCGCUUUACAUCUGAGAAAACAGAUCUCAAAGUGCAUACAGUGAAAGGCAAUAGUAAAAACAACAAAUAAAAAUUGCAUGCUCCACUUGUGGGAUUUUCUGUUUUUGUAGGUUAAAAGCUGAUGAAAUGUGAAAAAUGAAAAUGAGAUGAAUUACUAACAAAUGUCAAAUAAGAUGUGCUGAGUUUGUCCUGUGUUUGAAACUUGGACACUUUUCAGUUGUGCCUAAAAACGAUGCAAUAACCCAUUUUUUUAACAAACAUUCAUGCUUACCAAAGUUCUGCACCAUAAGAUUAAAAGCAGAAAUAAUAAUUUUAAAAAACCACGUAAAUAAAACAAUAAAAGCCUGUACGUCACAUACAAAGACGGUAAAAGAAAAAAUUAAAACAUAAAGUCACAAUCACAACUGUCAUGCUGAGUUAAAAGCCAAAGAAUAAAGAUAAGUUCAGAUUUGAAAUUUAAAGGUGUGCACAGUCUAGGACAUUUUAAUGUUAGGAAAUAACUCAUUCCAAUAAGAAGCAGCUGAUCAGCAGAUCCCAGAGACAUGGAUGUAGGGGUGUAGACAUGGAGGAGAUCAGAGAUGUUCUGAGGUGCUGCUCUAUUCAAAGAUUUAAAAAAAAAAGAAACAAGAUGAUAAAGCUAAUCCUUCAAUAAGUAGGGAGACAGUGGAAGGAGGUUCAAAUGGGGGUCAUAUGCUCUCACUUUGUAGUACUAGUUAAAAGAUGAGCUGCAGCAUUUUGCAGUAAUUGUAGGCACAACAGUAGGGCCAUGUGAUGAUCAUGUUUUGCGUCCUGUGACCCUUGGAUGACAAUGUCUGUCUUUCCACCUCUCUCAGGUCCAAGCGAGGCAGAAAGCUUCCAACUGGAGAUGAGCGGUCUGCUGUCAGAGCUCGUCUGUCCUUACACCGUCCUCACCAGUGGAAACAUCACCCAGAGGUUUCUCAGCAGGACCGACUGUCUGCUGCUCCUCAGUAUGAUCACUUCAUUUUUCAGUAUCUGAGUUUAAAUCUUUUGUGUUUGAUAGAAGAAAACCCUGUCUGCAGUGACUUGUGAGCUGACAGGAUAAAGUCUGUUACACCCCGUGUGGACUUUAGUAUCCACCCAUCUGUGUUGGAAGUGUUGGCAAGUCAUAUCGUCAUGUGCUUUCUGCAGAGGGUGUAGAUACUGCAUGCAGCCACCACUAGAUGUCAGAAUAAGCUGUUUAAGUCCCUUUUCACUGGCUUUGUACCAGCAAGUGUCUGUGAUCAUUCCUGAAGAGGAAAACUCGCUCUGAAGGAAGCUCUGCUGAAAUCACACGAUAACACGAGAGAGGAGUAACCAUGCAGAAGAGCCAAAUAUUCAGAUGUGAGAGUCUAGAUGCCCACAUAGAUUUAAAAAAAUACAAACCCCAAUUCCAGUGAAGUAACAGUCAACAUCUUUCUGACUGUUACUGUCUCAGCACUUCAGUCUUCUACUGAGAGGGUUGUAGAUGUACAUACUCAAGGGAGUUGGGGCAUUGUGUAAUCUGUGAAUAAAGACAGAAUACAAUGAUUUCAAAUCCUUUUUCACCUAAAUUCAACUGACAGUCUUUCAACUGGACUUGAAUGUCCAAAAUGAUAAACUUCAUUGUUUUUUUGUAAAUAGUCACUCAUUUAGUAUUUGAUGCUUUAACACGUUCUUUAAAAGCUGGUUUGGUUCAAGGUCAUGUUUCUCUCUCUGUUACAUCACCUUUCCUUUAACAACACUCAGUUAGGCUUGUGAACUGAGGACACAGACUGUUAAAGCUUUGGAGGUAAAUUCUGUCCUAGUCUUGCGUGAUGGACCACCUCUGCUGAUCAACAAUUCCAGGGUCUCCGUUGUGGUAUUUUGUGCUUCAUAAUGCUCCACACAUUUUCACUGGGGAACAGGUCUGGACAGCAGAGAGACCCUUCUAGUACCUGGAGUCUUUGACUCUGAAGCUACACCGUUGUAACUCGUGCAGAAUGUGUCUUGGUGUUGUCUUGCUGGAAUAAACAGGGAUGUCCCUGAAAAAGACAGGGCUCUGAUGGUAGCAGAUGUUGCGCCUAAACCUGUCUGUACCUUAAAGUAUUAAUAGUGCCUUCAAAGAUGUGACAGUUAGCCAUGGGCAUUAUCACAUCCCCAGACCAUCACAGAUGCUGGCUUUGACCUUUGACCUGAAAACAGUCUAGAUGGUUCUUUUCCUCAUGGAUGUGGUGCCUGGAGGAUGCCACAUCCAUGAUUUCCAAAAACUGUUUGAAAUGUGGACUCGUCAGACCCGCAGCAGACUUAUCCACUUUGGGUCAGUCCAUCUCAGAUCAUCUGUAGACGUAGAGACGGACUGCCUUAACAGACAACAGUUUUCUGAAGUCCUCCUGAGUGUACGUGGUAAAGAAAAUGAUGGUGGUUUUUAAUGCAGUCCCCCCCUUAGGGGUCAAAGGUCAGCAGUGUUCAGUAUUGGUUUUGGGCCUCGCUGUUUAUGUGCAGAGAUUUCUCUGAAUCUUAUUUAUUUUAUGGACUGUAGAUGAUCAAAUCUCUGUAUUCCUGUAGUUGUACGUUGAGAACAUUGUUCCUAAACUAUUGGACCAUUCACUCACACAGUUGUUGACAAAGUGGUGAACCUGGCGCCAUCCUUGCUUGUGAAGGACUGAGUCUUUCAGGGAUCCUCCUUUUAUACUCAAUCAUGACUCUGGCCUGUUUCCAGUGAACCUGUUCACCCGUGGAAUGAUCCAAACUUGUGUUUUAGGAGCAGUCCUCAGUUCUCACUUUUGUCGACCCAGAACUAACUUUUUAGGAACAAGCAUCAAAUUCAAUAUGAAUGAAUAUUUACAAAAAAAAAAACAAUCAAGUUCAUCAGUUUGGACAUUCAGUGUCUUGUCUUUGUAGCAUAUUCAGUUUGAUAUUGGUGGAGAGGGAUUUGAAGAUAGUUUUCUGUUUUUAUUUGCAUUCAAUGUCCCUUCACUGGAAUUGGGGUUUGUACAAGCGAUUAUGAUAAAAGAAGGAACUUUGCUGAAUUAACUAUAUAUUUGAGAUGAUUUUUUUCCAACUUUCCACUUGCAUAAACCAAAAAGCUAGACAUCAUAAGCAACAACAAACAUUCAGUCGUGUAGCUUCUUUAGCUGCCUGGUUUUGUUUGGUUAAUUCAUUAGCGUGUUUUACAAGGUUGCUCUACCUUAGCUGCGUCAUCUCUCUUGACAAGUUUGAUCCUGAAUCAAGCUUUUAAUUAAUCUUCACUGUCCAACUAUGAAAAAACCAACAAUUGCUCAUAAUUUCCAACGAUAUGAUUUUGACAUUCUCAAUAAAUGUGUCUCUGCUUUCUCAUCAUUACAUGUGAAAAUAUUCAACUUAAAGAGGCUUAAAUACUGCACAACUUUCACUUAGCCCAGACAUACAGCAUGAAAAUUGAGGGCACAUCUGACCUGGUUUUUGAUCCACAUGACUGGUCCUGAGGUCCAGCCAAAUUUCAGCUUUAUUGUGCAUCAUUGUGCACAGGAGGGCAAAGGGGCAGAUCACGGCCCAAUCAGCAGCUUCUGGCCAGCUGAGUGAAUUUUUGGCAUGUCAGACAACUCUCUCUUGCACAGUGAAAGCAUGACCAUGAGCCUUCACAGCUUCAGGCCUUGUAGUUGUGGUUGGACCUGCGCAAAAAUUUAGAAAGUGUCCGAAGGUUCUAUGAAAAUGUGCAUCGUAAUAAGUACAACAGAGAAGCACCCAAACUUAGUUAGAUUUUCUGCUGAUACUCAAAUACACGAGAGUGUGGAGGGCUAACUGUGGGAUGGUCAAGUGUUUAUUUUUCACUGAACAGCUGGCUCUUCCUGUGACUCAUUAACUCAUCAGACUUGUGUGUAAACACUGAUAUUAUGAUAGCUGCAAGUUGUUAGGGUAUGCCAGUUUAAGAUGCACUGUAAUGUGCUUGUUGCUUUCUGGCACACCUAAAAUUUAAUCAUCACUUUGUUUUCGUUAAACCUUUUUUCACACCCAGAGGUGGCUGCAACCUUUAGUUCAACUAACCAAACUACACAUCAAAUGUCAACCAAUCAGAAUGUAGCUCUCAUUUAAAGUUGGUUAGUCCAAAUCUGUUAAAGGUGGGGUCGGCAGGAUUCCGUAAAAGACGCAUCUUUUUUUGUGUUGUAUAUACAAAAAAAGCUUUUAAUAUCAGUCAAUAGCUAUUUGUCAUUGAUGACAUUUGGUGAUAUAAUGAUAUCGUGGUGUUUUGUUAUGUCUGUGUAGUCAACGUUUUAAAUUUUUUGAGCGGCCCACUCUUUCUGGCUAUAUACAAAGCGAUUCUCCGCCUCCCCCAACCUGAUUGGUUGUGAGGCAGACGCUGCUCCCUCGUGUUGUGAGGCAAGCUCCACGUCCUUGAAUAAUGUUCAGGAGCCCAAACAAAGUUAGCUGCUACAAUAUCAGACGGUAGAAAGCAACCAGCAAGUAGGGAAAAUUGUCUGAAUCCUCCUUUGGCCACGACUGCCAACACAAGCAAGAAAAUGAAGUAAAUUCUGGAGGGAUAACGGGCGCUUAAAGAGGAGGUAGACAAGACAUGAGUUAAAAAGCUGGGUCGAUGGGGGACGCUUUGGGAUCUUACGGACCCUGUAACCUUUCUGCUGGACAGGUAAACGGCUUUAGUAAAAGUAAGCCAGGUGUCUGUAACAGAAUUGUUUCUUGUCAAAUGGGACCUGCUGCGUGUUGUAGCGAAGCAAAACUAUCUAAAUAUGUUCAGGAUCAGAAUAGAGACAGCACCAGUGUAAUCACUUCUGCCAUCAAGUUUCCAGUUGGUAUUGGAAUAGAAGCAACCCCUGAUCUGGAUGAUGGGGUCUGAGGUUGUCAUUAAAGUCCUUAUUCCUCCACCUCAGCCAGAAUCAACAUUUUUAAGCUGGUUUUAUUGAAUUUCACACACCGCUACAGUCUGAUCAUCCUGCAACAGCAGGUCAGUUUUAACCAAGUUCAGUUUUACUUCCAGCCUUUCUGGUGUCUGAGCUGGAGGCUUCAAGGAUGAUCCUGAUCAAUAAACCUGAGAAGAAGUCCCAGGAGGCAGGAAGCCCUGUGUUCCAGGAGCUGAAGGGCAUCUGCAUGGCUCUGGGCAUGUCCAAACCUCCAGCCAGCAUCACCAUGUUCCAGUUCUUCAGUGGGAUCGAGAAGAAGGUGAGUUGGUCUGUCAAGGUGAUCAUUUCUUAAAAUGUGACACAAGGAACUAAAAAAUAACCACAGGAAUCUGAAUCUUGCUCAAAACUUGAACAGCAUCAUCAGAUUACCAACAAUUGAUCCAGGGUGUCAUUCGAGGGGUUGUUUUUCUGCCUGUUUCAGCCCUCUAUUGCUGUAUAGAGUAAGGCCUACUGAUAAUACUUCUGGAACCACAAAGGUACUACGAAAUGAGACAAGUACAAGGACCCUUGAUUGACUGACUUUAGAUAACCUUAAGAUUUUGUAUUCAUGUUCAAUGACAGAAGAUUGCACAGAAAGUCUUUCUGUGGGAUUAUAAAUUGUAGUUGCAGUGUUAGUUGGGGCUUUUGUCUAUCAGUGUUUAUUUUCCCCAGGAUACACACUGGAUAUAAAAAGUCUACACACUCCUGUUCAACUGCCAGAUUUUUGUCAUGUAAAAAAAUUAAAUCAAGAUAAAUAAUUUCACAACUUCUUCCACCUUUAAUAUGACCUAUAACCUGUACAACACAACUGAAAAACAAACAGAAAUCUUUCAGGGAGGUGAAGUAAAAAUAAACAACUGAGAUAAUGUGGUUGCAUAAGUGUGCACACCCUUUAAUAUCUGGGAUAUGGCUGCAUUCAGAUUACCUAGAGGCCUACCCUCUUACCUACCAAGAGGCCAACAGCAACACUGAAGGAGCUGCAGGAAUUUCUGGCAAGUACUGGCUGUGUAGUACAUGUGACAAAAAUCUCCUGUCUUCUUCAUAUGUCUGGGCUAUGGGGUAGGGUGGCAAGACAGAAGUCUUAUCUUACAAAGAAAAACAUCAAAGCCCGGCUUAAUUUUGCAAAGACAUCUGAAAUCUCCCAAACGCAUGUGGGAAAAUGUGUUAUGGUCUGAUAAAACCAAAGUUGAACUUUUUGGACAUAAUUGCAAAAGGUAUAUUUGGGCCAAAAUCAACACUGCUCAUCACCAAAAGAUUACUAUACCCACAGGGAAGCAUGGUCGUGGCAGCAUCAUGCUUUGAGGCUGUUUUUCUUCAGCUGGAACUGGUGCCUUAGUCAGGGUGGAGGGAAUUAUGAACAGUUCCAAAUACCAGUCAGUGUAAGCACAAAACCUUUGGCUUUCUGUUAGAAAGCUGAAGAUGAAGAGGAACUUCAUCUUUCAGCACAACAAUGACCCAAAGCACACAUCUAAAUCAACAAAAGAAUGGCUUCACCGAAAUAAGAUUGAUACUUUGGAGUCCAGACCUGAAUCCCAUUGAACAUUUGUGGGGUGAUCUGAACAGGGCUGUGCAAAGGAGACGCCCUCGCAAUCUGUCAGAUUUGGAGCGGUUUUGCAAAGAAGAGUGGGCAAAUACUGCCACAUCAGGAUGUGCCAUGCUUAUAGACUCCUACCCAAAAAGACUAAAUGCUGUAAUAAAAGUCAAAGGUGCUGCAACAAAGUAUUAGUUCAAGGGUGUGCAUAUUUAUGCAACCAGGUUAUUUUAACUUUUCUAUAUUUUAGUUUUCCCCUUAAAGGUUUCAGUUUGUUUUUCAAUUGCAUUGUACAGGUUAUAGGUCACAUUAAAGGUGGAAAAAUUUGUGAAUAUAUUUAUCUUGCUGUCAUUUUCUUACAUCACUAAAACCUGGCAGUUGAACAGGGGUGUGUAGACUUUUUAUAUCCACUGUAGCUCCUCACACAAGAGGCCUGUUUUAGUUUAGAUUACUAAUGAACACUCCUGCAUGUUGUCCGAUUCCUGCAGCUGAAAGAAGCCAUCAGUAGAGUCCCACCAAAUCAUGUAGGGGAGCCUCUGAUGAAGAAGCCCCUUGGACCUGUGCACAUGGUAAAGACUCAAAACUCUAAUGAGGGAUAUACUGCAACUUAGCACAGUACAAAUGAAUAAAUAACUGUUAUAUUAACUUUCAUUCUCUUUUUUUUUCAGGAAAAAAUUGAAGCCAUCAACCAAGCACUUGUAAAUGAGUAUGAAGUGAGAAGAAAAAUGUUGUUGAAACGGCUGGAUGUGACCGUGCAGUCAUUUGGAUGGUCUGACAGAGCAAAGGUGAGUCCUUCUGAAUCCAAAAAAAAACAAAAAACAAAUGCUUACAACAGAUGGUGAAGAUGCUACUUAGUUACUGAAAAUAUGUGUAUACUGGUCUGUGCUUUUUUUAAAUGGAGAAAAUCAUCAUCACUACCAGUUAUGCAAAGUUAAUACGUGGAGACUUGAUACGCCCUGACUGGCUCUGCUGUGGUGACCUGCAUUUGAGGACAGGAUGUGACUCCACUUUUCUCUGUCCAAUAGUUUAGGUUCAGUAGCUUCUGAAGGCUGAUCUCACAUCCGAACCCAAGAGCCCUCAUUAUUUCAUCACUCUCAAGACUAGCAGUUUUAAUUCUUUUUUUUUUUUUUUUUUUUUAAUUACAGUGCAUCUGGAAAGUAUUCAUACCACUUCACUUUUUCCACAUUUUGUUACGUUACAGCCAUAUUCCAAAAUGGAUUAAAUUCCUUUUUCCUUCAUAAAUCCCUGCAUAUACAUAAGUAUUCACACCCUUUGCUAUAAAACUCAAAAUUGAACUCAGGUGCAUCCUGUUUCCACUGAUCACCCUUGAAAUGUUCCGCCAACUUGAAUGCAGUCCACCUGUGGCAAAUUCAGCUGAUUGGACAUGAUUUGGAAAGAUCUAUAUAAGAUCCCACAGCUGACAGAGCAUGUCAGAGCACAAACCAAGCCAUGAAGUCGAAAGAAUUGUCUGUAGACCUCCGAAACAGGGUUGUAUCGGCGCACAGAUCUGGGGAAGGUUACAGAAAAAUAUAUGCUGCAUUGAAGAUCCCAAAAAGCACAGUGGUCUCCAUCAUUAAGAAAUGGAAGACGUUUGGAACCACCAGGACUCUUCCUAGAGCUGGCCGCCCAGCCAAAAUGAGCAAGCGGGGGAGAAGGGCCUUGGUCAGGGAGGUGACCAAGAACCCGAUGGUCACUCUGACAGAGCUCCAGCGUUCUUCUGAGGAGAUGGGAGAACCCUACAGAAGGACCACCAUCUCUGCAGUACUCCACCAGUCAGGCAUUUAUGGUAGAGUGGCCAGACAGAAGCCACUCCUCAGUAAAAAGCACAUGACAGCCCGCUUGGACUUUGCUAAAAGGCACCUGAAGGACUCACAGACCAGGAGAAACAAAAUUCUCUGGUCUGAUAAAACGAAGAUCGAACCCUUUGGCCUGAAUGCCAAGCGUCAUGUCUGGAGGAAACAUGGCACCACCUCGCCAAUACCAUCCUUACAGUGAAGCAUGGUGGUGGCAGCAUCAUGCUGUGGGGAUGUUUUUCAGCAGCAGGAACUGGGAGACUUGUCAGGAUUGAGGGAAAAAUGAAUGCAGCUAAGUACAUUGAAAUCCUUGAUGAAAACCUGCUCCAGAGCGCUCGAGACCUUCGACUGGGGCAACGCUUCAUCUUCCAACAUGACAAUGACCCUAAGCACACGACCAAGAAGACAAAGGAGUGGCUUCAGGACAAGUCUCUGAAUGUCCUUGAGUGGCCCAGCCAGAGCCCAGACUUAAACCCGAUUGAACAUCUUUGGAAAGACCUGAAAGUAGCUGUGCACCAACGCUGCCCAGCCAACCUCACUGAGCUUGAGAGGAUGUGCAAGAAAGAAUGGGGAAAAACUCCCCAAAUCCAGGUGUGCCAAGCUUGUUGCAUCAUACACUAGAAGACUGGAGGCUGUAAUCGCUGCCAAAGGUGCUUCGACCAAGUAUUGAGUAAAGGGUGUCAAUACUUAUGGAUAUGCUACAUGAGUGUCUUAUUUUUAAUACAUUUGCAAAAUGUUCUAAAAAAGGUUUUUGCUUUGUCAUUAUGGGGUAUUUUGUGUAGAAUUUUUGAGGGAAAAAAGGAAAUUUAAUCCAUUUUGGAAUAAGGCUGUAACAACAAAAUGUGGAAAAAGUGAAGUGGUAUGAAUACUUUCUGGAUGCACUGUAAUCACUGUUAUUGUGGGCACUGAUCGGCAGUAACGUGUUAGAAGUAAUGUGUUAUCCGAUUACAGUAACGCAAGGGAUUACAAUUACAAAAACAGUAAUUAGAUUACUGUUACUUUCCAGCAAGCAGGCCGCAUUACAACAUAACUAAACCAUGAUUUUUGUUGGGUGAGACUGUCUUGUGAGUCGUGACAAUGACGUAUGAGAGGAGCGACAAUAGUGGUAAACAACAGACAUGUGUAGUGAUUAACAGAGACAACGUGGAGCGUGGAAGAGAGCAGAACCAUGCAGCAUUUAAUGCUCUGAAGUACCGAUAUUAUCUUGAGUUUGACUCGGUAAAAGAUGACAAAAAAAUUUUGGCAUGUUGUUUACUCUGCAUGGGAAGAAAACUUUUAUCUAAAGCGAAAACUUCUGUCUCGAAUCUGAGCAAGCACUUAGCAAGCCAGCACAGGAAUGUGAAACUUACUGCAAAAACCCCAGAUCCUCCCAUUGACAUGACCGCUGCUGCUACCACAUCCAAUUCUGAGGGCCCUUCUCCUGCUAAACAGGUGAAAACAGACUUAAGAGCAACAGGACUUAGUGCCACUAAAUGGUGAAAUAUAAGUGAACAGAAGAAGGACUGGCUUUAUUCUAUUAAAUUUGGAGAAAUGUGCAGAAAAGGGGUUUAAAUGUUUCACAAUUUCAAGUCAGAGACUGUGCAAUGCAAUGUGCACAAAGUGAAAAGAUUCAAACGAAUAAAACAAGUUUUAAAAAAGUGACUCUUAACUUGAUUCAGUUUUGUAUGAUGGAAUAUGCAAAAUGAAUAGAAUUAGGCUAAAAUGUCUCGGUAUUCAGGUUGUGCGUCAUGUUUUUGAAAAGUAACUUAGUAAAGUAAUUAGUUAGGUAACUUAUUAAUUUUGAAAAUAAGUAAUUAGUAAAGUAACAGGAUAACUUUCUUGGAGAAGUAAUCACUAAUUGCUAAAUAAUUACUAUUUCAAAGUCACUUGACCAACACUUGUUGUGGGGGUUUCAACCAAUCAGGAUCAAGUGUUAAACACAGUCUACUACUAGUUCAGGUAGUCGGGAAAUAACAGAGUAGUUAGACAACAUUUAAGUGAGGGCUUUCCUGUCCUGAUGAAGAGCAAGAAUUGCCACGAGCUGAACAAACUGUACACAAAGUAAUUCAAUCAGUACUUACUGUGAUCUAAUCCAAAACUUAAUGAGACUUUCUUUAUCAUAUUGUUGCAGUCACAUGCUGAAAAGUUGGCCAAAGUUUACCAACCACUGCGCUCUGCCCUCGCCUCCAAGAGUAAAAUGUCCGUUGCCCACCUUCUUGCUGCUCGACAAGAUUUCUCCAAGAUCCUCCGCACGAGCAGCGGAAAAAUCAGAGAGAAGACAGCGUGUGCCAUCAACAAGGUGAGACACUGUUGAUGAUUCCAUUUAUGUUUUCAGGUGAUGUUUGAACAAAUGUAUGACUCUCUGUUCUGGCUUUCUGUGCUACGGUUAUUUUCAACCAAUGUCCCUUUGUCAGGUCCUCAUGGGCAGAGUGCCCGACAGGGGAGGUCGUCCCUGUGAGAUUGAGGCUCCGCCUCCAGAGAUGCCCUCCUGGCAGAAGCGUCAGGAUCCUCCCCAAGGUGGAGGACAUUAUGGCGGAGGGGGACAUGGAGGUGGCAGGGGAGGCUAUGAUCACUAUUCCCAAGGUGGCCAUGGAGGAUAUGAGAGAGGAGGCGGAGGAGGCCAUGGAGAGAGGGGUGGCAGAGGAAGAGGUGGGAAGGUGCAGGGAGGGUGGGGAGAUGGAGGAGGAGGAGGGGGGAGAGGCAGUUACAAUCAAGGCCACUUUCAAGAUGCAGGAGGUUAUCAAGGGGGAGGGGGGAGAGGAGGGGGGAACUACCAAGGAGGCUUUCAGGACUCUGGCUUCCAUGGAGGAGGGGGAGCUGGAGGUGGUUACCAUGACAGCUACCAUCAGGAUGGUGGUAGGCAUCAGGAGAGAGGUGGGGGUCGAGGUGGUAGAGGGGGCAGAGGAAGAGGGGGUCGAGGAGGGGGAGGCGGAGGACAAGGGGGAGGCUGGGGAGGGAGGGGAGGCCAGAAUUUUAACCAAGGAGGACAGUUUGAACAGUUCUUCCAACAUGGAGGGCAGAAUUACAACCAGGCCGGCUUUAAUCAAGGCAGACAUUACACCAGUUGA